AUGCUGAGACCCAAGGUCUCGUCAACCUCAUCUUCUGCCCCUGCGGCUUCCCCCGCAUUGGGAAAGGCUAGAAUUCAGAGUCCUCGCUAUAAUUUCGGACUCCAGGAGACGCCUCAGAGCCACCCUUCAGCACAGGCGUCUGCGUCCACCCCUCCGGGCACGUCUGGAGCCGCCGGCGACCAGAGCAGCAGCACCAGUGUCCCCGGCCGCGCCCAGCCAGCCCAAGGUUCAUAUUUUGGAAACAAAGGAUCUAAUACAGAAAACACAUUUGCAUCAAAUUUUACUUUUGGCACAAGCUUAUCUUCUGCACGAGAUAGUAAUUAUCCUCGUACACUAAAAACUCCAUUGUUUGCUGGAAAUCCUCAGAGAUCAGGUUAUAAAAGUUGGACACCACAGAUGGGAUAUUCAGCUACAUCCUCAUCUGCAGCAUCAGUACAUUCCCCAUCAGUUAUUGUAGCUGUUGUAGAAGGGAGAGGACUUGCCAGAGGUGAAAUAGGAAUGGCAAGUAUUGAUUUAAAAAGCCCACAAAUUAUAUUAUCUCAGUUUGCAGACAACACAACAUAUGCGAAGGUGAUCACUAAACUCAAAAUUUUAUCGCCUUUGGAAAUAAUAAUGUCAAAUACUGCUUGUGUUGUGGGGAAUUCAACUAAGUUGUUUACUCUGAUCACAGAAAAUUUCAAGAAUGUUAAUUUUACUACUAUCCAAAGGAAAUACUUCAACGAAACAAAAGGACUAGAGUACAUUGAACAGCUGUGCAUAGCAGAAUUUAGCAUUGUCCUAAUGGAGGUUCAGUCCAAGUAUUAUUGUCUUGCAGCUGUUGCAGCUUUAUUAAAAUAUGUUGAAUUUAUUCAAAAUUCAGUUUAUGCACCAAAAUCGCUGAAGAUUUGUUUCCAGGGUAGUGAGCAGACAGCCAUGAUAGAUUCAUCAUCAGCCCAAAACCUUGAAUUGCUAAUUAAUAAUCAAGACUGUAGGAAUAAUCACACACUCUUUGGUGUUCUAAAUUACACUAAGACUCCUGGAGGAAGUAGAAGACUUCGUUCUAAUAUAUUAGAACCUUUAGUUGAUGUUGAAACCAUUAACAUGAGAUUGGAUUGUGUUCAAGAACUACUUCAAGAUGAGGAACUCUUUUUUGGACUUCAGUCAGUUAUUUCAAGAUUUCUUGAUACAGAGCAGCUUCUUUCUGUCUUAGUCCAGAUCCCAAAGCAAGACACGGUUAAUGCAGCUGAAUCGAAGAUAACAAAUUUAAUAUACCUAAAACAUACGUUGGAACUUGUGGAUCCUUUAAAGAUUGCUCUGAAGAACUGUAACACACCUUUAUUAAGGGCUUACUGUGGUUCCUUAGAAGAUAAGAGAUUUGGAAUCAUACUUGAAAAGAUUAAAACCAUAAUUAAUGAUGAUGCAAGAUACAUGAAAGGAUGCCUGAACAUGAGGACUCAGAAGUGCUAUGCAGUGAGAUCUAACAUAAAUGAAUUUCUUGACAUAGCUAGAAGAACAUAUACAGAGAUUGUAGAUGACAUAGCAGGAAUGAUAUCGCAGCUUGCAGAAAAAUACAGUCUUCCUUUAAGGACAAGUUUUAGCUCUGCUCGAGGAUUUUUCAUCCAGAUGACUAUGGAUUGUACAGCUCUUCCCAAUAAUCAACUUCCUUCAGAGUUUAUUAAGAUAUCUAAAGUGAAAAAUUCUUAUACCUUUACAUCAGCAGAUUUAAUUAAAAUGAAUGAAAGAUGUCAAGAGUCUUUGAGAGAAAUCUAUCAUAUGACUUAUAUGAUAGUGUGCAAAUUGCUUAGUGAGAUUUAUGAACAUGUUCAUUGCUUAUAUAAACUAUCUGACACUGUGUCAAUGCUGGAUAUGCUACUGUCAUUUGCUCAUGCCUGCACACUUUCUGACUAUGUUCGGCCAGAAUUUACUGAUACUUUAGCAAUCAAACAGGGAUGGCAUCCCAUUCUUGAAAAAAUAUCUGUGGAAAAACCUAUUGCCAACAAUACCUUUAUUACAGAAGGAAGUAAUUUUUUGAUCAUAACCGGACCUAAUAUGAGUGGGAAAUCCACAUAUUUAAAACAGAUUGCUCUUUGUCAGAUUAUGGCCCAGAUUGGAUCAUAUGUUCCAGCAGAAUAUGCUUCCUUUAGAAUUGCUGAACAGAUUUUUACAAGAAUCAGUACUGAUGACGAUAUUGAAACAAAUUCAUCAACAUUCAUGAAGGAAAUGAAAGAGAUAGCAUACAUUCUACAUAAUGCUAAUAACAAAUCACUCAUAUUAAUUGAUGAACUUGGCAGAGGUACUAAUACAGAAGAAGGUAUUGGCAUUUGUUAUGCUGUUUGUGAAUAUCUGCUGAGCCUAAAGGCAUUUACACUGUUUGCUACACAUUUCCUGGAACUAUGUCAUAUAGAGGUCCUGUAUCCUAAUGUGGAAAACAUGCAUUUUGAAGUUCAGCAUGUAAAGAACAACUCAAGAAAUAAAGAAGCAAUCUUGUAUACGUACAAACUUUCUAGGGGACUCACAGAAGAAAAAAAUUAUGGAUUACAAGCUGCAGAGGUAUCAUCACUCCCACCAUCAAUUGUCUUGGAUGCCAAAGAAAUCACAACUCAAAUUACCAGACAAAUUUUGCAAAACCAAAGAAGUACCCCUGAGAUGGAAAGACAGAGAGCUGUGUACCAUCUAGCCACUAGGCUUGUUCAAACUGCUCGCAACUCUAAAUUGGAUCCAGACAGUUUACGAACAUAUUUAAGUAAUCUCAGAAAGAAGUAUGAAACAGAUUUUCUUAGGGCUGAACAAGUUUCAGGAAAGACUGAAUAAUAACAACAAUUCACAUCAUGUACAAAUGAAAUAGUGUCUUAAUAUGAGGAACUAGAAUUCAU